CGCGGGCGCGAGCCGCGCGGGGCGGAGGCGCAGCAGCGGCGCGAUGCUGGGGACUUGAGAAGCCGCAGUCGCAGCCGCAGCGUCAGCCGGGGGCGCAGCGGGUCCCCCGGCGCCAGCAGGGGCGCGGCCAUUCAGCCGCGCCCCGAGGCGAGCGGUGAGCGGCCCCCGCGCGCCAGCAGCGAGGGCGGCGUGUCUCCCUCUGGCGGUGGCCAGCGGGUAGGCGGGCGUGCCGGCGGCGGCAGCCCGGCGGCGGCGGACGCAGGGCGGAGUUCUGCGGGCGGCACCGAGGGGCCAGGGCAGGGCGCGGGCACAGCGACGGAGGAACAGCUGCUGCCGCCGCCGCGUUCAUCUGGGGAUCACAGGUCGCGUGGCGGCGCGCGAAUUGUGUUUCCGCCGCCGCCGCCUUAG